UCAUCACUCACAUGCUGCGCUCGAUCAUUCGUUCCUUUGUGAUGGGGACAAUGCUUUUGGGGGGUUUAAAAAGCAUACGCACACUGUAAAGAGAGUCAGCCUAGAGGGACAAACCAACUAAGAAAGAAGUAUCAGAGAAUCCUGGAUUUAAUUUUUUUUGUUUGUUUUUUUUGUUAAUUUUCUCAUAGCAUAUCGCUACUCUCUGGAUACUUUUUUUUUUUUUUUUUUAAUUCUAAAAGACAACGUGUGAAGAGCCUCAAAUCUUAAGAAGGAGAGAAGUUCUACCAACUUCUCGAGCAUGCUGUACACUCUGGCCGGAGGAGGCACGCUGUGCGGCGUGGCUGCACUAGUGCUCCUAAUUGUCUCCACAGCGACCGACUUCUGGAUGCAGUAUCGGUACUCGGGUAGCUCAGCCAAUCAGGGCCUUUGGAGGUUUUGCAUCAACCACAAAUGCCACGCUCACACCAUCACUGUAGCUUUUUGGGAUGCCACUCGGGCCUUCAUGUUGUUGGCAGUGCUCAGCUGUUUUGCUGGCGUGGUCCUUGGCCUGAGUGCCUUCACCAACGGUACCAAGAACAAGAGGGUCCGCAUGGGGGGAAUUGCCCUUGUCCUCUCAGGGUUUCUUGCUCUCUUGGCUCUCUCCAUCUACACCGGAGUGACAGUCACUUUCUUUGGGAAACGCUUCUUGGACUGGCGAUUUUCAUGGUCCUACAUCAUCGGCUGGGUAGCCAUCAUCCUGGCUUUUGCAGCAGGUAUUUCUAAUAGUUCUCUAUUCAUAAACAUUUACAAGCUGUGUGGCGAGGAAAGUCAGUCAUCACAGUGAAUUCUGUCAACGGUACACCACGGUACAUACUGUACGCUCACUGUAUACCUUAGACACUGCUGCCCAUGUUUAUCUCUAUUGCCAGACAUUGUUGGAAUGAAUCAAAACUGGAUUGGCUGGCAACCAAUUCAGGGUGUAUCCAGCCUACUGCACAUAGUAGGCUGGGUUACGCUUCAGUACCCCCGCAACCCUUGUGAGGUUAAGCGGAACAGAAGAUGAAAGAAUCAAAACUGUUGUACAGUAAAUGACUUUGGAGGAGUUCAAUUCUGUUAAAGAAUGCUUUUGGCUGUCUUUUCAAGAGCCCAAUUUUGUCCUCAAUCUCCUAGAAAUGUCAGGCAAUUGUUGACUAUCAAAACAUCCUCCACUCAUUUUGAUGACGUUGUCAUUUCACUUUGACUUCCACAUGUGCAAUGAUAACUCCCAGUGUGUCAUCCGCUUCAGGUGUCUUUCAGCUCUGUGCUUACCAGCGAACUGCAGAACCUACCCCUUCAAACGCCCCUGACAGUUGAACCACAGCAUACUGAUGCUUGUCAAAAGUUAGA